AUGUUUGGAAUUUUAUUCAUAUUCAUAGCUUUAGUCUAAAAUAAAUAUAUAACAUAGAAAUUUUCACUCAAAUAACUAGCCACUAUGGAUUACAUUCCAUUAAGUAGAUUUGGUAGUCGUGGGGUUGUAAAUUUUUAAAUAUAGUAUUAAUUUGAUAUUUUACUUGUAGAGCACGAGUCAUAAAUGUUCCAAAAGACUUUGAAGGUGAAAGAUUAUUAUUUUCAAUUGAAUUUUUUUAAUAAGAUAAAUGGUAGUAAGCUUAAUAAAAACCAGAGUGUAGUAGAAGAGAGAUUGCAAAUAGAAUUACAUAUUAAUCGAUUGAGGUUGAUUCUUUAGAAGAGUUUUCAAUUUUGAAUGGAUAAUUAGCUUAUGGCAAAUAUCAUAAUGUUUGGUUAGCUAUUUUCAAUAAUUGUGAUCACAAACUAGAAAAAAUGUUUCCUUAGAAAAAUAAUCUAAAUAUUUAAUUAGAAAUAGUUGUUUGGUUUUAUGAUGAUGGAGGAUAAGAAAUCUCUUUAGAAGAACAUGGAUUAUUUAGUAUUGUUUCUGUUUUGACUUUACUUACUGUCAUAGGGUUUUAUUAUAAUUAUCGAGUCUAUAAAAAGGAAUAAGAAAAAUAUGGAGAAAAAGACUAUGCUUUAUUUUUUGUCUUAAUCAUUAUUGGAUUAGAGGCAAUAUAGAAUAUUCUUAAUUUUUUUCACCUUUUGAUUUAUAGUAGUAAUGGAAGAGGAAUUAGAGCAUUUCUAAUUAUUUCAGAAAUUAUAUAAUCAAUUGAUAACUUUUUGCUUAUGCUAUUAUUAAUAUUAAUUGCUUGGGGAUGGACAAUUGAUUUUAUGAAUUUUGAGAUUUAAACGAAUUUUUAUUUCACUUUGAUUUUUGUUCUUGGGAUUAUAUAAACAUUCUUCGCAGUUUUAGGCAAAUUUCUUAGUACAGAGGCAUAAUUCCAUAUGUAUGAAGGCUGGGUUGGAUAUUCAAUUAGUAUAAUUUAUCUUUUGCUAGCUUUUUAUUUUUAUUAUUCAGUAAAUCAACGAAAGAAGAAAGGAGAACUUGUUUCCAACUUUUAUUUUUCACUUAAAAUUUUUGGAAUUUUAUUUUUUAUAUCUUUUCCAGUGCUUUUGAUUAUAUCAAAGUUGAUUGAUCCUUAUAAAUCCUACAAGGUUAUUAUAUUAGGUAGCAUGCUUAUGAGAUUGAUUAAUAUUACUCUUUUGGUAAGAUUGUUUAUUGGUAAAUCAACAGAUUAUUAAAAAAUUUGUAUUAAAGGGAAAUCCUUUUUGGAUAGAGAGAAAAUACUAUGA